AUGAGAGAAGUUCGAGCAGCGGCUCUUCUUGAUCCGAGGUUCAAACUGGACUGGCUGUCGUCACAGGAGCAGAAGGACCAGUUGCGGGACACCCGGGCACCAGCACGCCACGUGCUCGGCGGUCGCCAAGAAAUGCGCAGUGAGAGUCCACUUGUGAAGACAUUACCCUGUGAACUGUGUUGUGAAGAAUUAGUGAAUAUUAAAGAUGACUACAGUUCACAACUACAAUCACAAAGAGAAGAACAGAAGGAGCAACAAACAAGGUUGCGAGAGCAACUGGAAGAACAACGAGAAGAGCAGAAACAUGAAAAGGUGCAGCUGCAAGUGAAAAUUCAGGAACAACUGCAGGAACAGAUAGAAGAACAGAAGCAACAACUACAGCAGCUGCAGGAAGAGAUCGACAAGAAAAUUCAUUAA